AUGGCAACUUCUUUUACUAUGCUUAAGGACCUUGAUGCCUCAUCUGACCAACAGAAUUGGUGCCUCAAGGUUAGAGUCAUUAAGAAAUGGUCAAUCUCUACUGUUGAAGACAAAUAUAGAAGACCAAUAUUGGAGAUGAUUGUGAUGGAUCAAAUGGGCCAUAGAAUUCAGUGUUCUAUUCAUAGGAGAUUUUUCGAGAACGACAGAACUGAGGGGAGGCUUUACUCAUUGACAAACUUCUCCCUUGCUGCUAAUGAUGAAAAAUACAAGCCCACUUUCCGUGCUCUUCAUGUUAUGGGGCUUCUUACUACAAAAGGGGACAUAGUCGAAUUCUCGAAAAAUGGGAAAAAAUCAAUUUAUAUAGUUGUAGAGCUUGAUGACAUGCAGGAUAAAGGUACCAUUACGUGUACUCUUUGGGAGGAGUUUGCCACAAUGCAGGAUAAUCCUACUAUUGAAUACAUUCUUAUUAUUCAGUUUGCUAAGUUCAAUUUUUUAAGGAUUUGUUUUGCAAGUGCUUUGGGCGUAUCAAACACUAACUAUAAUUCAAUUCUAUAUAUCAAUCUUGAUUUGAAGGAGGUUAAGGAUUUUAGGCAAAGUUUUAUUAUUGGCAAUGAUCAGUGCAAAAAUGUCUUAACUCAAAUUCCUUCUCACAUGUCAUACUCUCUUGAGGAUGAUAUGCUCAAUAGAACUCCAUGCAAACCUAUUUGUGAGAUUAAGGAGUUAACUGAGGUAUCAUAUUAUUAUUUGAUAAUAAAUGGGUGGUACAAAGGUUGCAAGUUGUGCGAUCGUGCAUUGAAAGAGGAAGAGAGUUCAUUUUACUGCAUGUUCUGUGAUUUAUUUCCUAAUACUCAUGUCCAUAGAUUUUGCGUCCAACUUAGGGUCUCUGAUGACACUGAUAAUGCAUCAUUUGUCAUAUGUAAGACCCAGAACCUUUGA